CUGAAAAUAAAAGGGAAGCUAAACGAUAAUUAGUUUAGUGGUGUUAAGUAGUAAGUACUUAGCUCUUAUGAUUUUCCGACGGAGAUGUACCUAGGUCCAUAGCAGUAAUGGCAAUUUCAAUAAGUACCUACCUAUAGAAAAGCAUAUUUUUUCAUCUUUUCAUUUCAUCGGUAGGUAAGUAUAGGAUAUACCCACUUGGUGGUUGAGGCAUCGUUCUUUAUCAUUCCUCUCCACCAGGCUCUAUCCGUGACAUCUCUUUUAGAUAGAUAGGUACCUACUUACUUAACUUACAUUUCUUUAAAUGUAGAGCUUAUUUUUACUUUGAGCAAUUUUUGUUAGGUUUCGAUAGGGAAAUGCAGAAUCGUCGACACAAGGAAGUGGCAUUUAAUAACUGUCGAGCUUUUUGCAAAGGCAGAGCGAGACGAUGUCAGUCACAGGUAUAACUCUGAUGAAACACAUUCCUACUUAGAUGAAGCCGUCGCAUACAUGGAUUCUCUGAGGAAAACAGUAUUAAGUACCUAAUAGAUUUAUCAUUAUAAAAACCUUAUUGCCAUCAACUCCAAAUACUUAGCUAGGUCCAUACCUACUCAUCGUCAUCCUCCUACUCAUAUCACAAUUUUCCACUCUUCUAUCUGCUGUAAUUUCAUAAUGUAAAAUUCUAUCAAGUCAUAUCGACUACUUAUCACGCAACUAUUUAGUUACAAUUAGGUAUAAGUAGCUUGACAUCUAAUACAGGUAAGCACCUAACAUUAUUUAGGGAAAAUAGUAGGUAAGUAGGUACACCCUUACCUACACUGAAACCAGCGCGAACAAUAAUUUUGACAUCUUACAUAGUCAAUCUACUAAUUCUAUUUUUUGAAUGGAAAACGAAAGGUAAGUUUCAUAGGGUUGAAUAAUUCAGACAUAAGUUUAAGUAUUGCAGAUUCUGUCAAGUGUUCUCAUGUUUAAGAGUAAGUAAUCGAUUACCCAUUGACAGCCGUCGACUGAGGGGUGAUAUGUAUGUUCACGAAAUUGCAGAAUUGGACGCAAGUCCCGAUGUUGUUAUUCUGACACGAGAUCUAAGGCAAGGAAUUAAACGAACAUACCGACUACGCUUUCAUAAUGUUACUAAUUAUAACAAUAACACCGAUUUCUGAAACGGCAAAUGUUAGCGAGAGCUAACAGAAAGAAUCAACCAAAAAAUAGUUUCAACGACUCUGGAUUUCAAAAUACGAAUACAAGUCUAGAAACACACAUCUUCCAAAGAAUGUAAAAAAGUACAUAUUUAAAAUAAUAUUCAAGUACAAAACCAGUAGGCGAUACAUAAGGACAGCUGCCAGAGAACAUAGCGACAGAAAAAACGAACAAUACGUAACAUUUCCCACCUUGAAAUCGAUUUACGUCACCAGGAUAAAUUAAAGCAUUCCAAGUAUAAACGUCGAGGACCAUUCACAACGACACAAAGUAAAUAAAAAACUCCACAGCUCGCAUCCAGCCUCCCAGAUUCACACUAUUAUCUCUACACAACCAAUCCAAAAUGGAGAGCAGAAUCCAACGCUCCCAUUGGCCCCUCGCUGUACCAAGCUCCACCCUCCACAGAGACUCCUCCCAUCGACAAAAAGUUUCCAGAAUCAGCUCUACCUGCCCACGUCGCGCUCAGUUCAUAACUGACGUCGAACGCAUUCAUUAACGAAAUCAUCUACUGUGACUACCAAUUCUUUACAUUAAAUCAAAAUCCUUACUCUUAUCAAGUAGUGAUAAUAUCGUAACUAUCCAAGAUAACUCCAUCUUUAUCGGGCGACGAAAUUUUAAACUCGGUAGAAAGGGACGGUGAAUCAAAGUUUUAGGUGUGGUUAAGAAAAAUUAUGCCGUCGUGCGUGCCGCGAUCAGUGUUCGUCGGCUCACCUGACGUGCGGGCGUGCGAUCGAUAGCGCACGGUGCGGCACUAGCCCGUUUAAAAUUCGAACGGACCGAAUUCCGGGAGGCCAAUAGCCGUCGCGCGAACUCUUUGAUCGCAGCGCUAUAGUGAUGUGUGUGAUGUAAGAUAUUGUUGUCGAUAGACACAGACACGGUGAUCGUGACAAACAUGAUGACUAUGGACGUCGGGAUGUACAACAACCAGCAGAACGGGUACGGGGGCGCCGAGUACUACCAGCAGGGGGCAGCAUACCAGCCACCUUACGAGGGCUAUCAUGAGGGCUAUUACGAAACUCCCGGACACUAUUAUGAACCUUUACUUCAUGGACAGACGCAUGAGCAUCCACCUACACCUGUUAUAAGUACGGACACUGGUUUAUGUUAUACCAAUCUAGACUAUGGCGAGCUUCAGCCAAACUACCCUAUACAUACGUUACCAACUCAUCCAGAGCCGUUCAAACACAGAGAAGAUGUGCCUCGGCACGACGAGAUGGUAAUGCAUGAACACAAACUGGACAAUCACUACCUGGAGACAAAGUAUAACAUGCACUUUGUGGAUGAGACAACGAUGCAGUACAACCACGCAGGGUCACCGCUCCCGUGUCCUGAGUUUGAACAUUACCAACCGAAGGAUGAGUUCGGAGGGCUGAGGGACGGGUUCCCGAGAGAGGAGUGCAUGACCUCCCACAGUCACCUGCAGGGUCAUCAGCCGCACGCGUCCCAUGCUACUGUACCUACCUACAAAUGGAUGCAGGUCAAGAGGAAUGUACCUAAACCUACUGCUCCGAAACUAAUGAUACCUCCGACCGAGUUCGUCAGCCAGGGUGGUAUCGGCAGCCCGCAGGAGGGCCUGCGCACCCCCACCAGCGGCCAAAUGCUCGCCAACCCUCUCCUCAACCUGAACAACACCGGCCGCACUAACUUCACCAACAAACAGCUCACAGAACUCGAGAAGGAGUUCCACUUCAACAAGUAUCUGACGCGAGCAAGGAGAAUAGAAAUAGCCUCAGCACUACAGCUCAACGAAACACAAGUCAAGAUUUGGUUCCAGAAUAGGCGGAUGAAGCAAAAAAAAAGGAUCAAAGAAGGCCUCAUUGUCGCCCCUGAAGUGACCCCGACAUCAACCUCCCAGGCCAGCGUUGUCGGCUCCAGUGAGAACAGCCGCGAGUCCAGUUAAAUUUUCUCGAUGGUUUUCAAAGACGAUUAUAGAGUGAACUGUCGUUUUAUCGAUUCCAUGAUCAAGUGGUCCUAUAGUUUUGUUUAUUACAAAAUACCUACUGACAGUCAGUUCGGAAUAGUGUUUACUGUUUUGUGUGGUUUUAUCCUUAUUUUUAUUGUGUUCAUUGUAUUUGUGAAUUGAUAGUUUCUUUGUAGUAUUGUCCGUCGGACAAAUCAAUUUUAUUAUUUCGUAAUACCGGUAGGAUAUUUGGUGUUUCCUGCCGUUGGACUAAAGAAAAAUAUGCUUCUGUAGAACACUCUCUGGAAGCUUUCAUAAAAGAAAUGGGUGCUGAAGAUGAAUGGAGAAAAGUUGAAGAUGAUAAAGCAGUAGGGCAUUGUACAUUUAAAGUUCGAAUGAGAGUGUAAAAAUAUAUAUUGAUGAUUAAUAUUCUGCUUGUCCUGAAUCGGGAUAAGACCAGAUUAUACAAUCUAAUAAAUAAGAAUAAAAACUAUUAUAACCAGUGAAAAAAACAUUGAAUGAAAAGUAGAUAGCGCGUAGAUUGUUUUAAUUGCAACAUUGAUUUUGAAAAUGAAACUUAUAUCAAAAGAGAUUAUUGUAAUAAUAUAAAAGUUAUAAAGGCUCAAUUAACCUGAUUAGUAUAAACCAACGGAUGUGUCAACAUAAUGAAUUUUCUUAGAUGUAUAUGUAAAUUUCAAAUCGCAAGCUAGAUGUUACUUUUAAGAUCAAGUGCUGUUUAUCUAGAUCGCUUUUAGAAUCGUCCGUUAGGAGGUACAUAAGAACAAUAUCAUUAGUAUAUUUGUAUUUUUUUAUUUAUUUUUUAAAGAUCCUUGAUCCUUAUUAUUUUUAGACCAAAGCUUGUUUUUUCUUUAAUUUAUUCUGUAGAGUCAGUGACAUUAUUGAAUGAAUGUUGUUGCUUCUGUUUGUUCUUCUACGUUGAUUGUCUUUUAAUUUCCAUUUUGGGUUCUGACCGCUUUCUCCUUUUCUUUUCUUGCCUUGAAAUAUAUUUUCAGUACUAUUGAAGACAUUCAUUGGUAAUGUAAUUGACUGUGAUUUUCAGAUGUAAACCUGCUUAAACUUAAUGACAUUUUGCGGAAAAGUUAUUUUUUAUGUUAAUAAAUUAUUCCAAUUCUACAUAGUUGAAAAUAAAUAGAUAGUAAUUUUAGCUGCAGAACUGUUUUAAGAGAAGCAGAAAAAUCAUUAACUUUAAAUAAAUAAAAUAGUAUGCAAUUGGAUAUUUUCUACAUUUGUAACUAAUAACAUUCUGUCUAUCUGUCUGUACAUCUUGAAUAAGUUUUCCAUUAGUACGUUGACGAUACUAGUCUUAAUUUUGUAAUUAUAUUGUGUACAAAUCGUAUAAUGUAUAUAAUAGUCGUGUGUUAGGUCCGUCUGAGUGUAAAUUAUGUAUUAAGAUAGCGACUACUACUUUAUCAUUAAAUUAAUUGUACCUAUUUUCA